AUGGCCAUAACGACCUGUUUGGCUGAAAAAGCAGAAUUUUUAUCAAGCGAAAACGAUGGCGACUAUCUCUCAGAAGAAGAUGGAGAUCCACACAAAGAACUUACGCUUAGUGAUUUUAUAGACCCCGAGAACAUUUAUAUCCAUGAAUCGGUCUAUUCAAAAUUUCUUAUCAUGGCCGUGCGAAUGAACGAAGACGAAAUUGUCAAAGAUCUCUUGGAUAACAGUUGUUUCAAUUUAAAUGAAGUCGACAAGUUCGGCAUGACAUUAUUGCACUACGCUGUAGACUUUGAUACCUUCGAGAUUCUGAAGAUACUCGUUAAACGAGGAGCUCUUCUUGAUUUUGGAAACACAUGGGAAAACACUCCGCUCCAUUUUGUAGUUAAAAACAGUAGUCGAGAUUAUAUACGUCAUCUUUUAGACUCUGGAGCCUCCGUCAACUUCAAAAGCUACCAAUCUAAUACUCCACUUCACUAUGCUAUCGCGACAAAAGACCUGGAAAUUAUCGAUAUGCUUGUAAGCAAUAGUGCAGACAUAAAUGCAGUAUCAAAAAGUGGUUCGCCGCUUUGCAUUUCCUGUGGUUUUUAUUCAAACUCGGAAUUAAUAAAAUUUAUCAAAAGAGAAGACAACUAUUCUUAUGUUUGCGACAAGAGAGUUAUAGAUGAUCUCCUUGAACAUGGUGCUCAAAUGAAUCUCAGAACUGAAAAGAGAGACUCCAUUGCAUUUAGCCUGUAA